AUGUCCAGUGAAAUGUCCGCUACAUCCGUCAUGAAAAAACUUCCCAUGAUAGUAGAUAUUGCUAUUGACACUAACGGGAAAACCAUGUAUCAAGUACACGAAACUUCGAAACUAGUUCGGCGAGAAAUGCCAAAAUCUGCUAAUUUCUCGGAAACAUCCUUGGACACACUUGAAUUGUAUGAUGAGCCAAAGAGUUUUAGCGAAAGAACCGGAUCUCUUCUGCCUUCAAUGGAUACCAAAGAGAAACUUGUCACUUCUCGUUCAUUUCUUGAUCCUUCUUCUAAAUUUGGUAACCUCGAAUCCUUUGGAGAGAUGUCAAAAGAUCAUAUCGGGACCUCGUCCACUCCCUUGAGCACUUCGUCUUGCCCUACAGGUGAUGAUAAUAUUUGGGGCAGGGACGUUCAAGAGGCAUUUGAAGAAGUGCUUGCAAUUGUUCCCAAAAAUGGCCUUAAUAAAAUCAAGAUUGGUGGUAGAUCUUGUGGCCGCAACGAGCUUAUAUCAGAUUACAUUCUUGCGAAAACUGGUAAGUUCCGUUCUCGUAAACAAGUUUCGAGUCAUAUUCAAGUUAUCAAGAAUAUGGGAGUGAAAACAAGUCUUAUAAAGCUCAUUAAUGAUGGACCAACAUUUGACACCCCAGAAGAAGCUGAAAGGAACUCGCACCUUUUUGAAGAGAUCUUCACAAAAAUAAACCUCAAUAAAUCUUUGGGGGUGAACUCCAUUUAUACUUCAACAGCGAAAGGAGGCGGCCCCAUUCGCCGCCAUUCCUCUGCCAAUAUUUCUUCAGUACAAAGAAGGAGAAAGCUGCAUAAUUCUUUUAUGAGUGUUAAAAACAUUUGCUUUUCUCUUGAAAGCAUGACUGCCGGUGUUGGACCAACGUAUCUUUCGGUACAAGAGGACUGUCAAGUGAAGACUUUGACCAUCAAAGAAAAUGCAGCCAUUUCGAACAGGUUUCCUGGCUUAGAAGACUUCGCCAAUUUGCCUGUACCAGUAUUCCACAAUAUGGUAAGAAUAUUUAACCCGUUCUUAAAACCGGAUGAUUACUCCAUCGAUAAUGGAUUGAGAACCAGUUAUAUGCUUGAGUACUCCUCGCCUAAUUCAAAUCUUUCGAGCUUUACCACUGUCUAUUCAUUUGGUAAUGAAGUUCUCAAAGUUAAUGAAGAUGACUUUCAAGUUAAUACAACCCAGCCUUUUUUACUCAAGUUCUGGAAAUGUUUUUUCCUCCAGUUGCUCCAACAGCCUACUUGUCUGGAUGCAGCAUUUAAGGGGGUUACUGUGAAACAAGUCAUCUAUAACAGCUCCGAAGCACCAAUGUCUGCAAUUCCCAAGCAUAAGAUCAAGGCCGUUCUUCUCUGGGAAUUUUCUAGAGUCGAUGAGAUUACACAGGCUGUUUCCUCCACUGCAAGAAUAUUACUACCACAAUCCUUGAGUAACGUUACAGGUGGCCCUGAUAACCACAACAAGUUUGGAGCUGGUCCUCAGACUUACCAAACAUACAAUGUACAACGUCCUUCUCAUGUUGUUCAUGAGUAUCCACUUUAUCAAGUACCACCAAAUCAACCAGAGGUGGACUUGGCGCAUAUGAAUAACCCGAAUUACGGUGGAGUCCGCCAGCUUCCCGUCAAUGUUCCAUAUGCUCAAUUCGCCAACCCAAUCUACCACCCAUCAGCUAAUGUUGAUUUAACAUCAGUCAGGAGUAAUCCUGAAGACGCUCCUUUUGCCGGCCAAUAUUACUAA